GGCUGAACAUUACACAGCCACUCCUGACAGAAGCAGGCACGUCCUGAAAGCUUUGAGUUUUGGAUGUGUUGGGACGGCAGAAACACGGUCUUGUCUGGAUUUCUGGCUCAAAAUGCGCUGACAGUCUCUGCCCCUGACUGGCUGCUGUGCAGAAAAGAGCGGGCGGUCAGCUGUGUGCUGUGAAUAAUGCGUGGACAUGCCGAGGACGUGUGCGGUUCCUCCGACUGGGAAACUUGCUCUUCGGUUGUUUUGAUCUGAGACAAGAUGCAUCUGUUUCGAACUCAUAAUUACCAAGUGUUCCCUCAUCGCUACUCAGUGGAGAAACCGACCAUAAGGGGCAUCAGCUGGACUCCACUGCCAGAAGCCCUGGUUCCAAAAGACACUAUGAAGCAGUUUCUUUCAGAUCGCAUUGUGAAGGCCGCAAAAUCGGUGUACAGUGUUAUGAUUGAAAAGAACCCUGGCUUGAUCCGAGACAGGAAACAUCACCUGAAAACACACAGGCAAUGUUGCUCAGGGAAGGAGUUAGUUGACUGGCUGAUGAAACAGAGCGAAUGUCUUCAGUCAAGAAGUCAGGCUGUGGGAAUGUGGCAGGUCUUGGUGGAUGAGGGAAUCCUUGUUCAUGUAAAACAAGAUUUGAACUUCCUUGACAAGGAUACACAGUUCUACCGUUUCCAGGACCCAGAGUUUGGCUUGAACCAUGUCUCCAACGAGAAGGACUUGGAGGAUGAGCUGCAUGAAGCCCUGUCCCUGCUGUCUCAGCUGGGUCCAGAUGCUCUGCUCACCAUGAUUCUACGCAAAUGUCCCAGUCAGAGGAGCGCUGAGGAUAUUGAGGUCAUCUAUGAGGAAUUGCUCCAUGUGAAGGCUGCUGCUCAUCUCUCUUCUUCAGUGCGAAAGGAGCUGGCCGCAGUGCUGGUGUUUGAAUCCCACGUUAAGUCAGGAACAGUCUUGUUCAGUCAGGGGGAUAAAGGCACUUCCUGGUACAUCAUCUGGAAAGGCUCCGUGAAUGUGAUCACACAUGGAAAGGGCAUUGUGACCACUCUGCAUGAGGGUGAGGACUUUGGGCAGCUAGCUUUGCUGAAUGAUGCGCCGCGUGCCGCCACCAUCAUCCUGAGAGAGGACAACUGCCACUUCCUACGUGUUGAUAAACAGGAUUUCAUUCGAAUCCUCAAGGAUGUGGAGGCUAACACGGUUAGACUGGAGGAGCAUGGGAAAACUGUCCUGGUGUUGGAGAAGAGUGCGGACUGUAAUGCACAAGGGGGAGCUGCAACCAACAGCAAAUAUACAGUUAUGUCAGGAACACCUGAAAAAAUCCUAGAACAUCUACUGGACACAUUAAAGCUAGAUUCCAGUGGAAAUGGUCCUAUAGAUCCCUGCGUAAGCGACUUCCUGCUCACGCAUAAAGUCUUCAUGCCGUCCAGCCAGCUGAGCUCAGCUUUACAGCAUCAUUACCAGGCAGAGUUGUCUAAAGGCUCAGAGCAGGAGAAGACUGCUUGUGUCUUCAACACCAAGCAGAGGGUAGUGAAGCUGAUUGCCCAGUGGGUGGCGCUGUAUGGCUUUCUGCUAAAAGAAGAGCCAGAUGUUUGGAACUUUCUGGAGCAGAGACUGAAGAAGGAGGUUGCAGCUGAGUACCGUUUAUCCAGCAUACUAAAGGAACAGUUUAGAGAAAGAAGAAGAACAAAAGUGUUGGAGAAUGGCUAUCAGUCACUGAACAGGAAUCAGCCGUUUGAUUGGUUUUCAAGCUGUGAGGAGCAAGCUGGGAGACUACAGCCAAUCAAAGCACAGGAUAAAGUGUUGUAUGAGAUCUACAAGCCAGACAGCAAACCCCUCUCCUUGAUGCUCCCAGUAAACUCAUCUGUUCAAGAGGUGAUGUCUGCAAUAGUUAGAGCAGAUGGAGAUCAUGUACUGGUCAAAAUGAACUCCAGUGGAGAAAGAGUGCAGUUAAAGCUAGAUUCAACUGCCGUCUACACUGCACUGGGUCUCAACGAGAGACUGUUCAUCUGCACAAGCAGCGAAGUGGAACAACUGCGGCCCCUGAAGGAGCAGCAGGGCCCAGAACAGGGAACAACUGACCUCAUUGAGCAGAUGAGCUCCAAAGACAUUGCCACAGAACUGACUAACUAUGACUGGGAACUGUUUACAGCCAUGCAUGAGGUAGAGCUUGUCUACUACAUAUUUGGUCGCCAUAAAUUUCCAGGUGCCACCACGGCUAACCUGGAGCGGUUUGUGCGCUACUUUAAUGUGGUCCAGUACUGGAUUGUGACUGAGCUGUGCCUCUGCGAGGAUCUGGUGAAACGAGCCAUUCUGCUGAAGAAGUUCAUCAAAAUUGCCUCAGUGUUAAAGGAGCAGAGAAAUCUCAACUCAUUUUUCGCUGUGAUGUUUGGUCUGAGCAACAGUGCCGUGCAGAGGCUUUACAAGACCUGGGAGAGAAUACCAAGCAAAACUAAAAGAAUCUACUGCGUUUAUGAGAGACUGAUGGAUCCUUCACGCAACCACAGGGCCUAUCGACUGGCUGUGGCCAAACUCAGUCCUCCUUACAUUCCCUUUAUGCCUCUGCUCCUGAAAGACAUGACAUUCAUCCAUGAAGGCAACCCAAACUACGUUGACAAACUGGUGAACUUUGAAAAAAUGCGAAUGCUUGCCAAGACAGUUAAAAUUGUACGAGGAUGCAGAAGCCAACCUUACGUGCCUUCAUCACCACAGAGGGGCCUGGCUGAUCGGAUGUUUCUGGAUGGUCCUGCUGCUCGAUUAUCUACGUAUUCCGACCAUGCCCUCCCCCUGCGCACUCCCAGCAACAUCCGACACUACAUUCAAAACCUGAAGGUGAUCGACAACCAGCGGAAGCUCACGCAGCUAUCGAGAACAAUCGAAUGCUAAGACACCAGCUUCUGGAUGUAGAAAGACUUUAAGUUUAUAUCUAAAUCAGAAGCAGAAACUGGAUUCCAAGGAUUACCUAAACUUUUACAAUCACCUGAUAGAAUGGAUCUUUCUGCAGUUCACAGCACAGAAUGAAAAUGUGCAGCAUGCAUAGUAAUGACUUCAGUGCUGAACCACAGGACAGCUGGGAAUGUUUUUACCAAACAUGCCUUACAUCAGCCCAUAAAGGCAAUGUACUAACAUGUAGUGUGUUGCUCUAUAUCUGCUGUAAAUGUUUCAUUUUUUAUACGACAUGUUGUAAUCUACAUGCUGUGGAAAAUCCAGUUGACAAGUCACACAACACACGCUACUCAUCUGUACCACAAAUAACCUUGGCUUUUUAAGCACUUGUGUAUUCCCUUUUAAAGUAAUAUAUUGUAUUAUAAAUUUGGGCAACAAGGCCACAAACUGACAUGCACAUACUUUCAUAUGAUGUUUUCCAAAUAAAUUAUUUUCCAAGUUAUGCAUACCCAA